GGCCAGACGUUCCAGCGCUUGAAAGAAGCAGAGGUUCUUGUGUGAGCAACGAUUGGCAAAGCGUACCAUUGUACCGCUAGGACUUUUCCGGGGAAUCUAUACCGGUACAUUAGAAACAGAGCAGAAAGCAUAUAACAUAAGCACAGAAUAGAAGCAGCGGGACGUACAGAAAGCAGUACAAUGCCGGUCGUUGUGAUUGCCAUUACAGUCGUCGUCCAAUGCGAGGCGAUCGAGACGACGUAUCCCGGUGGAAUGAAAGGAUUUCAAGAGGUAGCAGUCCCCAACAACACAUUUUGCACGGACGGAGAGUUGGCCUGUGCGUCCUUCAUGAUGCCACCAGAUGUGGGUAAGUUUGUUGAGCACUUGCAAGAGCAUGGUUUGAGGUGGUUGGUUCCGGUGGAAAACGAAGAAGAUCAAGAAGAAGGCCGAGUGGUCAAGAAGGCUCUUGACUUGGUUGUCGUGGAUCAGAACAAUGGACCAUGUAACAAUUGCGACUGGAUCCAUUUUGGCAAGCAAGGCUCCAUUUCCUUUUGCUGGAUCGGCGACGAGAGUCCUGAGGGCCGCGCUUUGUCAGCGCCGGAAUGGUGGACUCCGGCCAAGAGUGAAAGCAUGAACUUCGUACCCGAGAAAGCCGUUCAAGCUGGAGGAAUCGAAUUCCGUAAACACGAAGAAGAAGAAGAAGAAGAGAGCGCGGAAGAGUCAGAAAGCAAACUAGACGCUCCCGAAAAUGAGGAGGCCAAUGGUGAAGAGCAAACUACAGCGAAGAAGAACAACGACGACGAUGGCAAGGUUUGCUUAGGGACUGUUGCCAGUGCCUAUGGCUUGAUUGAUGAGACGUCCAAGAUCUCCGAUAUUGAUCCUAGAUCUACCCCUGGAUAGUGCAGCAACCAGGAGGCCAAUAGAGUGCGGUACCCGAUAGUUUGUUUUAUUAAAGUUGCUUUGGAUUCGGGACAACAUCAUGACAAGUAUUAGUUGACUCGUCAAAUAAUCGUCACAUAGACAGCCACAACAGACAC